AGUGUCCUGUCGGAUCGCUGACCUCUACAACGACCUUCGGGACGGCUACAUGCUCACCAGGCUGCUGGAGGUCCUGUCUGGGGAGAUGCUGGUUGGUCAACCCAUUCUCUGGUUCACAACCUCAGUCUACCUUUAAGUCAGUAGAUGCUAGGAGAACAAGCGCAAACUAUUCAACAAAAAGCUCUGCAUUGUAGUUAUUUUUGUUCCAAAUAUUAUUCAGUCAUGUCUAAAUGUUUCAUGAAUCUUGUCAGCACUGCAGCUAUAUGUCAUGUGUAAUCGUAUGAGAAUAGUAGUCAGCAUAAUGGGGUUUGACAAUUGGAUGGGAACAGCAUUUGCACGCUUUCUUUGCCAUUGUGUUUUUAAUGAGAAAAAUAUUGUCUUACUAUAAAGGCAUUGCGAUCAAAGCCAGUAUUUCCCCUGCAGAUUUAUUUGACCAAUCAAGCAUUACUCCUCUCACCAUUCCACUCUUGUUCCCUCUCUCAUUCCCUCUACCUUCUUACCUCGCUGUCCUGUCACCCUUUUCUCCCUCCCUCCUUCCCUCCCCCAUUCCUCCCUCCCCUCCCCUAGCCGAGGCCCACGCGGGGUCGCAUGCGGAUCCACUGCCUGGAGAACGUGGACAAGGCCCUGCAGUUCCUCAAGGAGCAGAGGGUCCACCUGGAGAACGUCGGCUCUCACGACAUCGUCGACGGCAACCACCGCCUCACCCUUGGCCUCAUCUGGACCAUCAUCCUUCGCUUCCAGGUAGUGACCUAGCCCACCCGUCCUGGUGCCUGGUGUUGUCUGUCUCUGUGGCUUCUGUUGUGGUUGUAUUUUGGAUUUACAUUCAUUUAUUUUGUCAUGCAGCCAACUCCUGUGGGGACGUUCCUGUCCCCUGUUUGGAUUGUCCUUAAGACCUGCUGCUAGCUUAACCUCUGCUGAGGUAUUUCUGGCCUGUGUUUGGUUCAUAUUGGGGACUGUGUUAUAGUGCUGUGUAGCUCUAUUGCUUCUUUGUCCCUGUGGGGUACUUUUGAACUCAGUCAGCAUGUGGAUGAUGAACCUUAUGUUGGUGUGCACCGUUGUUUCUACAAACUCCUGUUUCUGACUGGUAUAUGUUCUAUGGUAUGACAUCAUAGCCAAUCUGCUGCAGUUAUAAUACAUCUAAUUUAGUCUCCAGACACUUCCGCCAAAAGAGUCAGGAAGAGUCUGGUGGACCAACGCGUCAAACUUGGCCUUCUUUAGCCAAUACAGAAUGACCGGGAGAAACUCCCUGCGCAUAUGCAUUAGCUUAAUCUCCCACAACACCUUCCCCCUAACCCUCCCCAUGCCUCUCAGUUGUGUGAUUCGCUAAAAUGAAAUGAUGACAAGUACUUUACUCAGUAGGUCACGCCCAUAGAAUUCUAUGGGCACUCCCACUAAUGCGUGGUCCCCAAACUUUAUUUGGCCUGUGACCCCAUUUUGAUAUUUAAAAAAAUGUGUGACUCCACCAUAUAAAAAAAGGGAUGUAAUCAACGGCCAAUGUUCACUUUUUAAAUUGGGGCUAUGACAGUCUGUUACAAGUCAGUCUGACAGUACUUUUGACAGUAUUUUAAUCUGAAGGAAGUAUGUUUUGAAGUGGCUGAAAACCACCAGAAAGGUAUUGGGAAGUUCAGAAGUUCAUCAGGCAAUAAUGUUGUAUGAUCUUCUGUGUAGAAAAUAAUAUCAUCAUUGAUUUAGUGCCUGGUCUCUUCCAUUCUGUUCUAAUGAGUCCUGUGUAUCUUGUGGGCUUAAACGGUUCAAAAGAUAGAGACACAUUUAUAUGAAGAAAACAGAAACCGCUCUGUUUAUUCCAACCACAUCUAGCAUCUAGCAGCUACCGGAGGUUACUGACGUAACCCCAGUUCUAUGAACCAAGCCCAUUUAUUUUUAUUUUUAGAGUUUCUCUUGCGACCCCAUUUUAAAAUCAGGCGACCUCACAUGUGGUCACGACCUCUAGUUUGAGAAACGCUGCACUAACACCAACUUUCACUAAUGCCAACUUUGAAUCGUUGAUAUCCCAGGCUGUGUGCGCAAUAGUCUCGGGACGAGGCUACAAUACAUCUAAUUCAAACACAAGAACAAAGUCUUAUCCUACAUUUUGUCACUCUUCUUCAUCAGCCUUUGAACUUAGGUGAACCCAUCUAAGAAAGAGACAGAUUUAGCAGGGUUGGAUAAAGGUUCCACUUCUUGUGUCCCAGCUGUAAACAGAAGUAGGGCAACAUUCUGUGUAUAUUAUAUAUGAUUGGUUUCAGCACUGUCUUAAUUUAGGAGAGAAAGGGCAUAAAUCAGAGUGAUUUAUAGACUGGCCAAAAUACUGUAUGGAGAAUCCCUGAAACAUGCUGCAUCAUCACUGUGUGACGUUACUAGCAAAGCUUGAAUGUCACUCUGGUCCUGAUCGUAGUUGGAUCUCAAACAAGGACAUACUGUCUGACAUUCGCCUCAGAGACAUACACAUACAAUGGGCACAAGGCCUUACAGGACGCGAUACCACAGACAAGUGACAGGCAUGUACUGUAAGUAGCACAAAAUCGUUUGGCUUUUGUUGUCGCUUCAGGACAGUGGUGGUCUCAGCAUAAACGCAUGUCUUGCGUUAUUCAAAUCAGCGUUACUCUGUAAAUAUGAUUCAGGGACAGGAGGAGAGGCUAGCAUGGCAUAGCUUAUCGUUCUGCCUUCUAACAGUGAUUACGGGUUAGCUGGGGCACUUUUGGCCGGCAUCCCAUUCUACUGCACUGACGCUGGAGCCAGCGAGUCGAUGGCCUCUUCAAUUUUGCGUGCAGUGAAAAAGGAGGAGCGCGUUAUUGGAAACUGAUUUGUGCUGUAGGGAGCAAGGGGUGGGGCUCCGGGCAGGGCAGUCAGGGCCUAUCCUCCUCCUCCACCUUCCCUCCUUCUCUCUCUACCACUCCUCCUUCCUUCUCUGUCACCGAUUCUGCAACCGUUUGUGGUUGUCUCAUCACUCUCUCCUCACACUCCUCUUUUAGUUUACUACGUCUCUCCUCCCUUUCUGUCUCCCUCUCUCUUUCUUUCUCUCUACUCCUUUCUCUCUCCCUCUCUUCCACCCCUCCCCUACCCAUGGACUGUUUCAGUUUACUUUGCCCAGUCAGCAGGUAAGGCCUAGCCACUGCAGCAGGCAGCAGACAAAGCGAGAGAAAGGGGGAAAAGAGGAAGGAAAAGGGGGAAGACGGAUGAAAGGAAAGGGGGGAAGGAAGAGGAAGGAAGGGGAAGAGAGGGGAAAGGAAAGGGGGGCGAAAACGAGGAAAGGAAAGGGGGGACAAUGAGGGAAAGUGAAGGAAAUGGGGGAAAGAGAGGAAAGGAAGGGGAGAGAGAGAGAAGGAAAGAGGGAAGAGAGGAAAGGAAAGGGGGGAAGAGAAGAGAGGAAAGGAAAGGGAGGAAGAGAGGAAAGGAAAGGGGGAAAAGAGAAAGGAAAAUGGGGAAGAGAGGAAAGGCAAAGGGGAAAGGGGGAAAAGAGGAAAGGGAAAGGGGGAAGAGAGGAAAGGAAAGGGGGAAGAGAGGAAAGGAAAGGGGAAAAGAGGAAAGGAAAGGGGGAAGAGAGGAAAGGAAAGGGGGAAGAGAGGAAAGGAAAGGGGGAAGAGAGGCCUCCAGGUUGUAAAUUAUCUCCAGGAGCCGAUUUUAAGAAUCGAAUAAACACUUGACACCUCCAUUAUAUUUAGCAACUUCACUAUCCUGUCUAGUUGCUUCGCUCAGUGUCGUUGUGUUUGUGCUACCUAAUUAUGACCUGCGUGGUGUAUGCCUCUCUGUCACCGCCAGAUGGUUUGUUUCUCUCAGGGAUCUUGUUUAUUGUUGGAUGAUAUGCACUGCGAUCAAGGGUAUGUAAGGUACAUUUUAGAAAUGGAAUGUCAUCAUUGGCUCUUGUGAAAAGUCAGUUUGGUUCUGGGCAGCAGUUCAUUUGAACUAUAGUUGUUCAGUUAGACAAUGACUAGUCCUUCUCCUCGUAAUUAACAUACCGGUAGUGUUAUCCAUAAUUUAAUCACAAAUAACCGUUCCCUGUAGGUGGAGACUAAACUGUGUAUACAUGCAGUAGAGUCCUAUAAACCUCCAGUUGCUUUCCAGUGUGAGUGAGCGUGUAUGUGAAUGGGUGAGGUGCGAUUUGUUGAUAUGGGUGGUCUAGCAGAUUCUAGGGUGUCAACCCUCCCAUUAAUAUGUAUCAUGUCACCGUGACAUGAUUGGGCCAAUGGCUGUCAUACUGUAGAUGAUGAGGGUGCACAGUGAUGUUGUCAUGAUUCUGUGGCCUUCCUCCCAACAUGACAGGCACAUGUCUGUGUGCGAGUUAGUGAUGAGACAUGCAAUGCAGUUGUGUGACUAUUGGGGUGUAUUCAUUAAGUCUUGCAAGGGAAACCGUUGACCAUUUAAGAACCAAACAGAAGCAAACAGAGCAAACGGAAGGAAAUGGGGAGGGAGGGACCUACCUGAAUUUGUCCAUUAGAAACUCUUGUUUUCGUUGCAAAAUGUUUUCCGUUUAGAGUAAAUGGUUUCUGUUGCAAAGCGUUUUGAAACAGCCCAAACUGUUUGCAACAGAAUCGGUGUAAUGAUUGCACUCCUGGUGUGGCUGUUGAAAGGAACUGGGUUUUGGGUUCAGUGUGUUUGAAACUGAUCAGCAACAUGGGUGUGUUUCCUAAUUGUUUUCUUCACAAACUCAUAGUAAUCUGGUGAUCUUACUGAACUGAGGACAGUUUUGAGGCUGGUUUCCUUAACCAAGGUUGUUUGUCGUCUGGUCUCCCUCCCUGUACAUACAGAUUCAGGUGAUUAAGAUUGAGUGUGACGACAACAGGGAGACACGGUCGGCAAAGGAUGCCCUGCUACUCUGGUGCCAGAUGAAAACCGCUGGGUGAGUGUCUUCAUUUAACCAAAAGCCAAAAUUGAACGUCAACCUUUGUGAACAGUUUCCACUUUCCAUUUUUAAGGGUUUUGACAGUUGUUUUACUACUGUUGUUACAUGCAAAUGUCUUUAGUUGGAUAGCAUAUAUAUAUUGGACCAAUGGUUGUGAGUGUGUUCUGUGUCAACUGUCCCACAGGUACUCUGAGGUCCACAUCCAGAACUUCACCACCUGCUGGAGAGAUGGUCUCGCCUUCAACGCGCUCAUUCACCGACACAGGUCAGCAUGGUCUUGUUUUAAAAUAUGUAUUUAUGUGACUAUAGAAAGUGAACUAAAUGACCUAAUUUGCAUUACUACAGGCCUGAUUUGAUUGAAUUCCAUAAGCUGAUCCGGUCCAAUGCCACAUACAACCUCCAGCAAGCCUUCAACAUUGCUGAGCAGAACCUGGGGCUCACCAAACUCCUGGACCCUGAAGGUAAGACUGCAUAGAGAAUUGAAAUAGCAGCUAGACAACCUCCUCAACAAUUCAUGGACAUUUGGUAACAUAUAUCUCAAACGUGUAAACAUUCACAGACUUUCAGCUACAGUGACCAUAGUUGAUAUUUUACAUUACUGAAAUGAUUUCAUGUCAAGGUGUGAUUAUGUUAUAUAGUGUAUGUGUGAUGUAAAUGUUUGUGUAUUGUUGUCCUUCCUGUGUGACUCUGCAGACGUGAAUACGGAGAACCCAGAUGAGAAGUCGAUAAUAACCUAUGUUGUAUCCUACUACCAUUACUUCUCCAAGAUGAAAGCCCUUCGAGUAGAGGGCAAGAGAGUGGGAAAGGUAUUUAACCCUGGAUCUUGUGGUACAUGAUAAAACAAUUGUCAUUGGAACCUGUGUAAAUAUCUCCUACAGUAUACAGUGAUAUACAGUGUAUAUACAGUGAUAUGUACUGUAUGUUAUGAACACAUGAGUAACAUGAGCAAUAUGUAUAUCAUACUGUAUGUUUUGCACACAUGAGUGUAGUUGUGUAGCUCAAAACAAACUGAUAACGAUUCAAUCCAUUAUCAAAUGCUAUUAAACAAAAGUUAUGAAUUAAAUCACUCCUAUGUAAUGUCCAUCAAUGCUAAAUGUUUAUGUGUUAUACAGGUGUUGGACAAUGCCAUUGAGGGUCAGAAGAUGAUCGAUCGAUAUGAGGCUCUGGCCUCUGAGCUCCUGGAGUGGAUCGAGAAGACCAUAGGCAUCAUCAGCAACCAGAAGUUUGCCAACUCCUUAACGGGUGUUCAGCAACAGCUUCAAGCCUUCACCACCUACUGCACCAUCGAGAAGCCCAUC